UGGAAGUUUUGUUUUUGAGUAUCUGGAGUUAUUAGGAAAAUGGGUUUCGGUGUGGGGUUUCUGUUAGUUUUUGCGCUGCGAUGAUUGAAUGGGGGCAAUUACAGGGAACCAGCUGGAAGCAAUAGCAAUACUCGCUUAAAAGGCUUUUGAAUAGCUUCAGUUGCCUUUUGUUCGUACGAUGAUCGAGUUGAAGUUUCUCUAUUUGCUGCUGCUGCCAGCUGUAUUCAUGAUUUCUUUGAUGACAACUGGCUUUGCAGAGGAACACAUUUUGAGCCAUGAAGGUGACCCGGAUCCGGGUCGCAUGAAGUACAUUUGGAAUCCGUUUCCGGGUAUCUGCGGCGAGAACGCUUCUAUGGCGAGAUGUGCUGGAGUCUGUCCUGAAACCUGUGCCUUCAAAUCGCUCAAGUGCCCCAGCUAUUGCGGUGUGAAUUGCAAAUGCAAACCUGGAUAUGUCUUUGAUGAAAAGCUUCUGCUCUGCGUUUUAAAAUCUGACUGUCCUCAAGAUAUUGAACAGCAAGUUGUAGACACUCAUCGCGUGUUUCAGUAGAAUUUGAAUAAGUUUGUCUCUAUCGGUUUACAAUUUGUAAUAAUUCUAUAAUGGCAAAAUAAAGAUUUCAUUUCCCUUA